AGCAAGUGAGAAAGUGCAAAGAGUUCUUGAAGAGAGAAAAAAAUUUCCCAACACUAUAUUGAGUAAUGGAUGGCUAUGGUCACACGAGAGGGGGCUACACCUACACCACUCGAAAAGGGUGGGACUCUCACACAGAGAACUGGUAUCAAACAAGCAACUCUGGAAAUGGCUAUGUUGGUGUUAGUGAAGUGAGAGAAAGGCCCAUCACUACUGGCUACUCAACAACCUACUCUCCCAAUACCAAUGAAGAGAGCUAUUUCACACAAACUGAGACAGUGAUUGAGUGUGUUCCGGUGCCUACAAUCACCAAGUACAAAUAUGAAGUCAAGGAUCAUGGAGUGAAGAACGAUAAGUGGAGCAGGCGUUCGAGUCUAGUUCAUGAUCGCCCACAAAAAGUCGAGGUAUAUGUUCAUCAAGUACCUACAGCCACCGAGUUCACGUAUAGCUAUCCGACUGAGAUGGAGAUUUUCGAGGAUUACAGUGUCUACAAUGACGAAUGGCACAGCCCCGCAAGUGCAGUUCGUGAGGAAUUCAUCUCCAAAAUUCAAACUGAAGUCAGUCAGCCAACUAGGCCUGGUUUUUGGCGUGAGUCUGCCAAUUCAACAAGUCACAAUGGCACUGCAAUCACCACAACAACAUUUUCAGGCACCAGUCUCAGCAGUACCCGAAAAGGGUGCUUAUAUAGAAAAAAUUGAAAAGUAGGGAGGCCGCAGCAAGGUGAUAUAUGGUAGCUCUAGCAAUUCAUCUUCAAGGCCAUACAAGAAAGAAAAAACUUACUGUUUGUUUUCUUUUGCUCUUCUGUUCAGUCUACUGUUUUAGUUAACCUCUGUUAGUGGGAGCUUCUAUCCUGGUACAUAGCAGCUAAUGUCCUUGUCAGAGGUUAGCUUGUGGCUAUAGUGAACUAGCAUAUUUGUGUUAAACCUACAUAAUGUGUUGUUGUCAUAUUUUCUGUAAAACAAAAGAAAAUCUUGUGUUUUUGCUUUGCGUGUGAUAACAUUGUC